ACAAUAACUUCUGGCCCGUCCGAGGUACCGUGCCUCGAAUUAUCGCGUUAUCGUUAUCGGAUCGGACAAGCUUUUCACCGAUGAUAAUUUCAGAUAACAAUCGAGUCGAACUCGUCGUCGAGUCGAACCCUCCGCCCCCCUUCGGAGACGAUCUACGGUCUACGUAGGGGCUGCCCUGCCAAAUGAUACGCUGCACCGCGGAUAUGGCCCUGUUCGACGCAUCCGUGCGUCUUUUUUACGGAAACGUUUCGCGCGUUCCUCGUUGUUCCGUAACUUUCGUAUCUGAGAACGGACGACGCGCAAGGACACCCGGAUUAUUGUGCCCGUCCGUUCGAGCAUUCGUACAUUCGGUCUCGAACUAACCGAAGAUUAGGUGCAUCGUUCCGGACGGCGCGACGCGAAUAAUCGAACGUGUGCCGUAUGCACACGCCACUGUGCAUUGUGUCUGGCCAAAGUUUCGUUGGAAACGCAUCAUGAGGAAACCUCCCUGCAUUACCAGUCGAGUCGGUGUGUCCUCGCGGAUAAAACCGUGGAAGAUUGAUAAUUCCGCGCGGUGGCCAUGGCAACGGUGUUAACCGUGUUCUAACAGAAGGGUAUUGUAUUCCUUUUACCACCGACGCGAUAUUUUGUUUGGCAACAUGGACGAGGAGAACGAUACGGAGCUCGUCCGCGCCUCGAGACCGGAGAAAAAGUCUCUGCUCGAAAGGUACGGUAUACCGGUCGAGCAUCUCUCGUACGAGCACGUCUCCGGAUGCGCAAAUGGGAAAACGUUGGAGCGCAUUGUAACGAUACUGCGGUCCGGCGAAGAAGGGUAUUACCCUGAUUUAACGAGACACGCGGAAGAACGUCUGGCCGUUGUUAAGCCGGCGAGCAUAAUUCUAAGAAAAUCUGAACCCGUUCUAACGCGAAACAUGUUAGACCCGACCGAAUGCAAUGAACUUGAUACAGACAUUAAUCACUGGACGUCCGAAAUGCAAUCACGGGAGAAAGAUCUCGAGGAGGGGAAAAAUACUUUAACGGUGGAACCUGUCCCUCAACCCGAUAUUAGGCAAUUUAAGGAUGAACCCGUAAAAAGAAACACGGUAACGCGCUCGAAAGCUUCUAAUAGAGCAAAACGCAUUUCCUCGUGCGAUUACGCGGCAUGGGAUAAAUACGAUGUGGACACUGAAUUAAAUAAGAUCGAUAUACGGGACGAGCAACGGCAGAUUGAAACUAAAAGGCUGCAGCAGAAGCAAAAGGAGAAUUUGGAGAAACGGAGACUCAAUAAGGAAACGAUUAUAAACAAAUCGUCGUUAACCGGGACCGAAUUGAGCGUCAUGGCGGAGCAAGAAAGAGGAAAGGGAAACGAGGCUUUCAAGGCUGGAGAUUACGAGGAGGCUCUCGAACAUUAUAAUACUGGCAUAAAAAUAGAUCCGACUCCGACCACUUACAAUAAUCGUGCGAUAACAUUUAUCAAACUCGGACGCUACGAACACGCCCUUAACGAUUGCAACUUUGUGCUGGACACGGAUCGCAGAAACAUAAAAGCCUUGCUACGGCGAGCCGUAACUUUAGAGCAUCUUGAAAAGUCAUCCGAGGCAUUGGCCGACUACGAAGCUGUUCUGAAAUUGGAGCCGACCAAUCCCGCCGCUAUAGCCGGGGUGAAAAAGUUAAGGAAACCUUGCGAAUCCAGGAAAGUUAGAAUGGCCAUCGUCGAACAAAGCGAAGCCGAACGCGAGGAACCGCGUCGAGUCGACAAAACCGAAACAAAUAACAAUUACAGCGAACAAUUCGAAUCGAAAUUAAAUAUUGGAAGCAACAUAUGUUUCUGCGAUCGGGCUCCAGGGCCUUCGCAGAAUCUGAGGCCCAGGCCGCACUUCAGAGCCGAUUACUGCCUUCAAAACGACAAGCCGAAAGCGAUAGCGAGAAAUAGCUCCACGAAGACAUCCGAGUCGCAGAAAAAUUCAGCAGCCAACGUAUCUAAUUCUACGCAGGAAAAUAAGAGUCCGCAUUUAUUUCGGAAUCCGAAGUCAAUUUUCUCAUGUCCGACGCCUUCUAAACAAAAUAGUUCGGUCAUUAUCGAAGAGUUGCCCAACGAGCCCUACAACAAUAAUAUUUCGAAGAACAAAAUUAUAUCGAACGGAACAACCUCGAAUAAUAAUAAUAAUAAUUGCAAUGCAAAACCAACAAAUAACAGUAAAACGUCCGAAGCUAAGAAGUCGGCCGUUAAAAAGUCUAAUAAAAAUUACGAACCGAACAUUAUCGCCCCGAAAACUAUUCAAGUGGCGAAUAAAUGUGAAAGUAAAACUAGUAAUCCGGAAAAACAUGUUCCACAGACCUUCGAUAAUGUCGAAAAUGCGUACGAAUUCAUGCGUAUAUGGCGGUCAUUGAAGAACGAUGAUUUAGAGGUGCGCGCACGGUUGUUGCGAUCAUUGAACGUCGAUAAGUUAGUUUUAGUUCUAGGUAAUGAACUCGACGGAAAUAUGUUCAGUACCAUUUUGCGUUGCAUGGAGCAGCAUUUUUGCAAGCCUAACGACACGGAACUGGUGAAUAAAUUUUUAAAAACGUUCAGUCGAAUGAAACGUUUCUCGAUCGUCAAUAUGUUCAUGAACUCCGGCGACAGGCAAGCCGUGUGCAACAUGUUGAACUUUUUAGAAGAACAUGGGACAUCGGGUGUCUCCUCGCUGCGGAAAAUUUAUUGCGUCUAACGAUACCACACGUUUUCGAAUUUAGUAGGAGCACUUAAUCGACCGAGUACCAAUAUCGUAUAAGAUAGAAUCGAUAGCGAGGCUGCGUUUCUUUUACAUUUUCAUCUGUAACAGUACAUGUAUACAUCAAUAAAAUAAUUACUCCGACCGAA